GCUGGCGGCGGGUCCGGCCGGGAGCCCGGAGGACGGCCGGGCAGGCGGGGUGCCUCCCGAGGGCCGAGCCGGGAGCUGGGCUGCAGGCGCGGACGCCGCGCGUCCGGCCAAGCGUGGGGCGCGCUGCCGGGACCGGCCUGCGAUGCUGCCGCCGCCGCCGCCUCUGUAGGGGCUGCCGACAUCGCUGCGGAGAGAGGCGGCUGAACAAAGCUCAGCUUCCUGCUUGUCAGCCUCUUGCCUCCCAAACGCGUACCAUUUCCACUUGAUGUCAUCACGCAGGAGGGGGUGAAAGGGACUCGGUGACAGACUCAGAAAUGAACACACCUGAGGGUGCUAGCUGCCCUUGAGCUCCCCAGCACCUCACGACUUUGGGAAGGCGCAAAGAAGGAAGGUGUGGGACCGGAUUGGUGGGCUCUCAGAACAAGCUGCUUCCCCUUGGCCUCGGCCUUCCUGCUCUCAGUCUGCGAUGGAGACCCUCUCCCAAGAUUCUCUGCUGGAAUGUCAGAUCUGUUUCAAUUAUUACAGCCCCCGGCGCAGGCCCAAGUUGCUGGACUGCAAACACACCUGCUGCUCAGUGUGCCUCCAGCAGAUGAGGACAAGCCAGAAGGACGUGAGGUGCCCUUGGUGCCGGGGCAUCACCAAGCUGCCCCCGGGCUUCUCCGUGUCGCAGCUCCCCGAUGACCCUGAGGUCCUUGCCGUCAUCGCCAUCCCGCAUGCCUCUGAGCACACCCCGGUCUUCAUCAAACUCCCCAGCAAUGGGUGCUACAUGCUGCCCCUGCCCAUCUCCAAGGAGCGAGCGCUGCUGCCGGGAGACCUGGGCUGCCGCCUGCUGCCGGGGAGCCAGCAGAAGUCCGUCACCGUGGUGACCAUCCCUGCAGAACAGCAGCCUCUGCACGGCGGGGCUCCCCCAGAGGUGCUGGAGCAGGAGCAGGACAGGCGGGGCGUGGUGAAGAGCUCCACCUGGUCCGGGGUGUGCACUGUGAUCUUGGUGGCCUGCGUUCUGGUCUUCCUCCUCGGCAUCGUGCUGCACAACAUGUCUUGCAUCUCCAAGCGCUUCACUGUGAUCUCCUGCGGCUGAAGAGGGCCGCAGGGAAGGCUUGUGUGGGUGCCGACUAGGGGUUGAGCAGGUGUUGGUGAUGGCAUCACAGUGAGGAGGUGGAGGGCGAUGUGGAUCGUUUGGGGCCACGCCCUGGCCUCUGGCCUGCCCCUUGAUUAAUGGAAGACAGGGCAGACGGAAGGUCUCAACACCAUACCAGGCAGUCCGAUCUGAGCGUUGAUGGCAACAGCUUCGAAGACGAUUGCAUGCAUCCUCAUAAUCACUUAUUAAAUGGACUGUAAUUUAUGAUUUUCCCAAAUCAUGUUACGAAAUAGACAUAUUCUACCUAGAUGUUAAACUGUGCAAGUGCAUACAAUGUGACCUCCUCUAAAUGUGGUAGAUUAAAACAAAGAUGCUGUGUAUACAAGUAGAAUUAAACCUGAGAAUCUGUGUAAAAAUUCAGCAAUGACAUGCAGUCCUGGUUUCUUUCCUUUUUUAAAAUGAAACCUAGUCUUCAUUCAGUUGCUAAUAAGACUUUUUAUACUUUAAGGAUGGCACCCAGAUUAAAGUAAGUUAAGCCAGAUGGUCUGUUUUUUUGAAGAAAAUAUUUGAACAAACGUUUCCAAUGUGUUGUGCUUUGUCAUGAACCUUCAUUUUUCUUCCCCUGUAAUUAGAGCUUGCUACAUGUUUAUUAAGCUGAAAGCCCAACAGGGGAGCAAUAAACUGAGUAAUAGUGAGAAAUGCAUAAUCCCACAGGAACCCUAUAUGCCAAUUUUUCUCAAGCCAUCUCACAAAAUAAGAAUUUUAAAUGUAAAUAUCGUGUAUUUGUGUGUGUGUAUGUGUGUGUGUGUGUGUGUGUGUGUGUGUGUGUGUGUGUGUGUGUGUAUGAGAGAUUUGAUAUGCCUCAGGUUUUGAAUCUCCUGAAGAAUCCUGAGAGUGUAAGACUUUGUGAGCCUGAAUGGGUCCAGGGUCUGAAACGUCGGCCACUGGAUCCCACUCUGAAUCGUCACAUACUUGUCGCUUCCCAUGUUUACUUCUCUUCUGUAUACUCAAGUCUUAUAUUCUGUGAGGCACAAAUGGAGAACAACAGAAAGUUCUCUUUUCUCCCAGUUUUGAGGUAUUAUAAUACACACAAGUGUUGUUAAUUGGUGACAAACCUGGCCUGGCGUUUUAGUAGACAGUCCGUGGUUGUGUUUUGAAAGCUACUCUUCUAUGAGAAUUAAACCAUUUAGAAUUCCAAUUUCCUCUUGUUUGGUAUAAGUGAGAAAAUCUCUUGUAUUUCAAAAUACAUUUUUAUUGAGAAAAGUUGCAAAGUAAACAAACAGCUCUCACCCCCAACUUCAGUGGACCAGUUCAUUAUAAAUUCUUAAAUAUUCUUAAAUGUGGAAAUGUCUGUAGAUACUCAUGAAGAUCUGAUGGUAUUAAAUGACAAAUUCCUGUGCUGGGAUGUGUGUGCAUUCAGAAAUGGCUUGUGAGCUUUACAGUCCUCUUCUAAUUACUUUUAUGGAAUUCAUGAAGCAAGUGUAUUUGAAAGCUCAAAGUAGAAAUUAGGUUAAAAUGCCAUUUUAUCGUGUAAGCCAUUGGGCAUUAUACAACAAAUAAUCUAGGAUUUAUUUGGUAUUAAUAAUUUAGGUAUCAUAUUAGCUGAAUGCUAUCCUCUAUUAUGUAACAUAAUAUACUGUUGGGUUAGUGUCAAUUUCUCAAACUCUCCCAGGCUGCUGUAAUGCAUGUCUGACCUAAUUUCUACUCCUCCUGGAGAAAAAGAAAAGAAAAACCCACAGAGAAAUGUUACAUUAAAAAUGCUGCAUUUCAAAUGGACUUUACCCUUGCAAUUUUAAGCCAUGCCGUAUUCAAAUCAAUUUUGUGAAUGAUAUCUGAGUACAUUUUUGUAUAGUAUGAAAUGACCGGCCCCAUAGUGCAGUUUGCAAUAAAGUUCAAUGUGUUAAGUAGGUUAUUUAUAUAGACACUAAUGUGUAUGAUAAUACAGCGCCCUGUGUUUCUUAGUGCAAAGCUGUAGAGUGACAAUACCCACGUAAUAACUUAUACUUAAAAGCAGUCCCGUGCUAGAGCUGCAAGAGAGCAGUGUAAAAUUAAUCCACUCUUUGAUAGAUUCCUAACUUUACAAUUUAAGCUACUGAUAACAACCAAAAUCGGAAUUUUUUGCGGGAGUUUUCCUGAUGGAAGAAACACUUCACUUAAAUGGACUCUGCCUGCAGUCAUUUUUGUAUCUGCUUGUUAGGGUGUGCAUUUGUGUGUGUGUGUGUGUGAUAUCUCAGCCUGCCAGAUGGAAUGUUUAUAGCCGUAAUAAUGUUUUCAUGUUAUUUGGCAUCCAUUGCUCUGGCCUCUUCUGGCAUUUAUCCAUGACACUAACAACUCAUCUACACCAAUGGACCAAAGUCCACACAAUCGACCAGAAUUCACAGUUGCACUGAAUGAAAAAAAACCACAACUGAAAGCACAGAAAGAGCUGAAAGCGACCUCUGAUGGCUCCAUUUUGCAGAUGGGCCCAUUGAGGCCCACAGAGGUACACGGCAGCUUGUCAUUCUGCAGCAAAAGGGAGAAGUUUGCACUGCAGUUUCUUCUUGCUCCUGUUCAUGCCUGUUCUGUGUCUGUCGGGCUGUGAUCUUUUUCAGGGUGGAUGACUAUUCCUUGUUGACUUAACUAUUUAAGUUUGGGAGAUUUUUAAAUAGAGUUAUGUAUUCAUUUUAGUUAGCAUCUACCUCUUUGGGAAAUGAAAGGAGGAUUGAUUGAGAGAUGAGUAUAGACAUUCAAAGAAAACCAUGUGAUUUGAAUUUUUUGAAUUGCAAACUAUUGGUUCCCCCCUCCUGCCCUUGUAUGUAAAGGACAAUGAUGCUGUGUAAAUAGUAGACUAUAAGAAGCAUGAAAUUUCAUCUUUAUUAAUGAUCUUGACCUAAGCAAGAGAAUGCUUAAUAUGUUAAGUAGAGCCAAGUAUGCUAUCAAAAAGCAUUCAUUGUCUUUGGAAAAUUUUUGUAUAAUGACCUGGGAUAUAAGUUAUAAUGAAAAAGCAAAUCAGUUCUUACUUCUGGUCAUACUUUAUGACCAGAAAGCUAUAAGGUAUUUUCUUUAACAAUAUAACUGUCAUCUUGUGCAUGGCAUAAGACUGACUUAAUCUCCCUUGAAGGUUAAACCAGGUGCUGGUGCAUGCAGCCCUCGGGAUCUCCUAGACUGGCACUGUUCAGUAGUACUGUCUGUGAUGAUGGAAGUGUUCUAUAACUUAUGUCCAGUGUAGUAGCCACUUGCCACAUUGGCUAUUGGGCAAUUGAAAUGGGGUUAGCAUGAAUGAGCAACUGGAUUUUGUAUUUUAUUUAAUUUUAAGUUAUUUAAAUGUAGUCACAGCUAGUGGCUACUGCACUGAACAGUAAGUUCUGGAUGGUGGUGCAAUGCGAUCAUGCCUCGAAGUGUUAAUGAAGUAACACAGUAAGGCUAAGAAGACAAUUUGUGGUUCAGUAACAUAAAGUUAGCUACCAAAAAAAAAUCCUUUCUGGGCUUAAAAAGUAUAUGACCUCAAGUAUGACAGUAAAAAUUCAUUGAUUGCCUUUUGGGGUUAUAACUUAGCUACUUUGGGCCAAGGAAUGAUUACUGAAGCUUAAAGAGUGCUUUAUGAAGACCCACCCGUUUCUGGGGUCAUUAGCUGCAUGUUAAUCUGUUGUCCAUAAAUAGUAGUUAGACAGUAGCUAUAAAAUGUGUUUGACUUGCAAACUAUGCAUGACCUGUAUGGUGAAAUUGUGUUUAGGGUCUUAUGGCCAAAAAGUAAAUGUUACAGGAAAAAAAAUUCUAGUGAAUUUCCUCUUCACUUUCAACAUCUUACCCACACUUCAUUGCUGCAUUAGUAAGGUGUGAAAUAUAAGAGCAAGCAUGUUCUGCAGUGUUCAUGGAGUGUUUUUGUUUGCCCUUGAAGUCUGCCAGUUUGUCACUGUAUUUGCUGUAAUACGUGAGCGUCAUUUUUCAGAUGCCAGACUAAAGUGUAGGUACUAUUUUUAGGGUGAGAUUCGACAUUGUGUUACUCUUACUUGGUUUUUGAUUUUUAGUUACCACUGAAAGAAUUGAAGAUUUGUAGCCUUGCACAAAGGCACUUUCUUUUUACCUUAAAAAACAUUGCCCAUGAAAUUUAAAGACUUGAGGGUUAUUAAGGUUAGUAAAAUUGCUUUUUUAAGUGAGUAAAGGAAAGCAGAAAAUUCAGUUUGAAUAUAUUUCCAUAGAAAAGAUCAGAUUUCUCCUGCUAGUGUAGUAUUGAUUCCAGUCUGAUUUUGAUUUGAAGAGUUCCUGCCACUUUAUUUGAAAACAGUGUCAAAACUGGUUAGUCUGCUUUUCAUUGUUUCCAAAAUAAUGUAAAUAUUACAUUUGCUUCAAUGUAGCAGAAUUGGGUUGACUUUUUCUCUCGAGCUCAUCAAUGGCUAUGACUUCUUUUUAGCUUGUCUUUAAAAAUGUAUUGAAAAAUUAUUGAAAAAUAAAAUGGUAGUUUCUCUUGAGAGUUAAGAGAAAGUUUGAGGUCCAAUGGUUAUUGGUAUAAGAGAAGUGAUAUUGAAAAGGUUUGAAUUUCUGUCUUUCCUUCCUUAGAAAAAUGGUGCCGCCAGCCAGUCAGCAUUUUGUUUCCACACAAAAGUGCCAUUAGUCAGUUCAUCUGUCAUCCUUGACCUAGAAGAAGCUGUUCCUUGCCAUUUCCAUCAUUCUCAGUAAAAUGUCAUCCACAAGGUAAUCCUUAACAAAACAGAACUCCAAAGUAACGAGAUAGUCAAGAUAAUUUAGUAACUGUUUUGAAAGUAGCAGUCUAUUUCAAAAGCAAGAUCAUCCGUUGCUGAAUUUUGUUAAAUAUGAAACACCUCUAGGAAACUAAGUGGAGAUUCAAGCCAUUGAUUUCUUCUGACACAGUGAUACACUAUGUAUAGGUAUACAUAUAUAUCUAUACAUUUAAGUAUAAGCAUACAUGUAGACACACACAUGACUUAGCUGUAAUAAUGAAAACUUUAAGAGUUUUUAAUCUAAUUUGUGGGUUACAUAAUGUUGAAUUUAGAUGUUAAUUUUUUUAACAAAUGCUAUAGGCUGCAUACAUCAUAUCAUACCAGCCACCUUUGAGAAUGUCUGUAUAAGUAAACUGAGACCUUUCAAAUAUAUGAAGAGGUGGGUUCUACUGUACAUUUUAUUGGAAAGCCAUUAAUGAUUGAAGCACAUAAGCAGAUGGGGCAUUUGAUUUCCAUCUUCCAAAUGGCUUAUUUGUUGGUUUGCUCAAGUGGUCAUGGGUAGAGUAGCAUUAUUGCUGAACUCCCACAAUAUGGCUCCAAUUUUUCGGCACCAGUUUCCUUGCACAGUUGGGCCACUGUUUUUUGUUUUCUUCUGUUAUAUUCAGGAUUCACUGCCUGGGAUAUCCCACUAUGUAUAUCUCACUUAAGAUGUAGUGGUGCUUGAAAACAUCUCGUUAGCUGGACUUUUUAUUAUUCUAAGGUUUUUGAUACUAUUCAUAUUACAAUCUUUUUAGGGACAAUAGUAAUAUUUGGGGCAAAGUACAGAGGAGUCUCUUAAGAUCUGCAACAGCAUGUGUUUUCUUUGUUCUUCUGGGGGUGUUCCCUUAUAGCUGUUCCUGUUCUUCUAGAACAUGGCCCUAAAUUCAUCACCACAGGAUAUAGGGCUAGUUGCCUGUGUGAAAGUCUUUUGUACUCUCUGGGGUGUGAGUCACUGGGUUAUUCUAAUGAGAGUUUUCCAAAGGUAUAGUCAGUUUUUAAUUCGACGAUUCCUUUUUAAGAAUCCAGAAUUAGAUGGUUGGAUAUGAUGGUGGAAAAGGAACAGGGACUAUAAGAAGUAGGAAAUAGAUGAGGCAAAUGCCUCUUAAAGGGGAGCAAGCUGCUAUCUAUGUCAUCUCAUUUUAAGUGGUGAGAGAAUAGAGUAGCUGGUAUCUCACACUGUGCUUCAGAAAAUUCCUGGUCAGAUUUUCCUGGCUGAGAGACGCCCAACUAUCAACUAGAUGCUGUGUGGGAGGGGUGACGUCAUGGCCCUAAGUCUACAGCAAAAGAUAGGCAGAUCUGCCCAGAGAAUGAGAAAACACUUGCAAAAAGGGAGAGAAAUCCACAAUGGGAUUAUGGCUGCAAAACAAAAUAUAUCCCGGAGCUGAAGGUCAGUCAUGUUAGAAAAGAGCUUAGGGCAACUAGGAGUAACGUAGCCAAGCCCAAUGUGUCAUCAAAGGGAAGCCUACCAAACUCAAAGCAGGAUGUUUAAGUUGAAGGCAUAUAGGAGUGUUGUCAGCUGAUGGGAGGCCCCGCAAAAGGCCCCACUGCGUUGUCAACACACUAGACAAUUCAGAGCCUGCUCUCGAGCUGGUUGCUGAGUCAUGACAGAGUCUGACAACACCCUCUUGGCCGUGCAGCACAAUGCCUGUGCUUGUGGGUGUUUGCUAACUGGACGAGGUGAAUACCCUGGGGAAGACUCAUUCAAGAAUAGUUUGGUUUCUAUCCCGGUGGUUGUCAUUUAUUACAUUUAUUUAUUCCACCACUUGCUCCUGUCUUUCUCCUUGACAAUUGCAGGUGGGGAGGCUGGCUUCCCCUUGGGAAGGGUACGAACUCCAACAGAAGGCGUGCAGCCUCUGCCUGGAGUUUCUGCCAUUACUACGGCCCCGCUGGUGGUUGCCUGGCACUCUUAAUAACUAAUACUCCAGUCAAAUGGCUAGAUUGAUGCUGCUCAGAGGCUGUGAACUCAAGUCCUUGACAUGUUUCAUUUACAAUUAUGUGGAUUAUUUAUUUUAGGAGCUUUUCUUUUAAUGGGCCAGAUAGCCCUACUGAUAAAUGAGCUGUUGGGCUCGGUAGAAAAUACUGUCCAAAUAUUGCCCAAUAUUGACCUUGUAAGGGGGAUGGAUAUCAAGCUGCUGUUUAUAAAUUUGAAUGUCUUAAAAAAGCGUUCUUGCUUGCUCUCUCUGUUGUAGAUGGUGUCUUAGCAAGUCCUGAGUUUUUCCAGUGAACCCAAUUUUAAUAUAUGGUAUUUUUGUAUGCCAAACUGGUGUCUUGUCCUUUGUAUCUGUGGUAAUGUUGAUUUUAUGACUACUGUUAAAACACAUUUGCUAUGAUUAAAAUUCAUAAAACAAUUUCAA